AUGGACGGGUCUCAGGGCCAAGUUGGACAGCCAAUGGCUGCACCACAGCAGCCACAACAACCACAGCACUCCAACCUGAUCCGCACCGACCAGGUACAGAAGCUGCCACACCUCUCCGAUCAACAAAAGGCCCAGCACACGCAGUUGGUGCGCAGCCUGUGGGAGAUGCUGAAUACACGCGACCCACAAACCCACGAGUAUCAGCAGGCACAUACCAAACUCUCACAGCUGUCGCAGAACUUGAUGAAGGGGAUGCGCAUCUUCCAACAAAACCGCCAGCAAGCGAUCCAACAGCAUCAGCAAAACCAGGGCGCGGCGGGCGCGCAACAGGGUCAGAUUCAGCCGGGCCAGCAGCCGCAGCAGCCGCAACAAGGACAAGCGGCGCAACCGGGUCCCCAGGGUCAGCCGGUCCAGCGAACACAGUCCAACAACCCCCAGGCCCUCAAUCAGCUUAUCCCGCAAAUCCAAGCUCGAGUGAGCGCACUCAACUUCCACCUCCCUCCGAACGUCACACCGGAACAGGUCCAGACGUGGAUUCCAGAAGCACGACUCCGAUAUGGUAUUGCUCUGCAAAAGCAGGAGGUGGGACGGGCUCGCAUGGCCGAGCUGCGGUCCUCGUAUGCCCAGCGACAAUCACAGGGUAACAUGAGCCAGGAAGAGAUGCAGGAGUUCAAGAACAGACAACUGGCUGCGGAGAAGCUCUUCCGGGAAGGUAGCGAGUUCCUCAACAAGUUUAAAGAACAGCAGGAAAGCUUCAAGCUGCAGUCCCAGCAGAAUCCCCAAAGCCAAAUGAUGAACCAGACAGGUCAAACGAACACACCAGCGAAUAUGGGCCAGGCAGCUGGAGGAGCCGCACCACCAGCGGCGACUCAGACGGUACCCAACGCCCAGGCAGGUGCGACGAACACCAUGCAAUCCGGUCAAGCACCAACCCCAGCUCCCCACACUAUAAAUUCUGCAGUGAACGCCGCACGCAAUCAAGCCGGCCAGGCCAUGUCCCCCUCCGCUUCCCAGCCUGGACAGCCCCCUUCAGCGCAGUCGGCAGGAAACACCCCAGUUCCAAUCAGUGCACCACCACCCCAGGGCCAGCGGCCCCAGGCACCGUCUCAACAAGGCACGCCAGGCACACAAGUCACUUUCAGUCAAACUCCCAAUCCUGAUGGUUCAACCCCUACACCUCCAGGACCUCCCCAGCAGGUGAACCAAGGCCCACCACGUCCCCUCUCCCACCAAGCUGCGAUCUCACAAGCCGCGCAGACUUACACAAACCCGACCCCCCAGCAACCAUCCACCAUCAACCAACAAGCCCAAGCAAACAACCAAGCUCACCCCCAGGGCUACCUCGCCAACCGCCCAACCGAUACCACCUCCCGCAACAUCAACAUGGCCAUCCCCAAGAACCUAAACGUCUCCACCCCCGAACCAGUCUCAAUGCCCGCCUCUCGCCCCUCCCUCUCCGGCGGCCCCAGCCACGGCGCAAUGGGAAUGAUGGGCCAACCCGCCAUCCAAAAGCAUCCCGGCUACGUCCUCGAAGGCGAAGGCCAACGCGUCCUCUCCAAGAAAAUGCUCGACAUCCUCGUCCGCCAAGUCACCGGCGGCGGCGAAGGUGAAAUGCUCACACCAGAUGCCGAAGAAUUCAUCCUCCAAAUGGCAGACGACUUCGUCGACGAAGUAAUCACCCAAGCAUGUCGUCUCGCCAAACUCCGCCCCUCCUCAACUCUCGAACUACGCGAUCUCCAACUCGUCCUAGAACGAAACUACAAUAUGCGUAUCUCCGGCUUCUCAACUGAUGAUCUGCGCACCGUUAAGAAACCACAGCCUACUCAGGGCUGGACGCAGAAGAUGUCUGCUAUUCAGGCUGCGAAGGUUACUCAGGGUCGUUCGGAGUGA